UGUGUGCGUGUGAUAUAAUUAAAUAUUUUUGCGUACAAUUGUAAGGCAGCCGCCCACAGCCCCCAAAAAUUUGAUUGAAAGAUCCAAAGAUUCAGCCUCGGAUUGUGUAAGGCAAAGUAAAAGUGCCGCCUCUGAUUUGCAUUUUUAAGUCAAACUAAAAUGUAACUACAUCCGCCAUAUUAAUGUUCUGGUUUUAUAUAGGAACCCAAACUAUUUAUGGGGGAGAAUCUGAUGUAAAUUUGUAAAUGGCACAACACAGUGUCAAAGAAUGACUUACGUGACACUUUGUCGAUUUUAUGCCAGCCCAGCAGAAAAUUUGUAUCUAUUUUUUUGUGGCUCAAAUUUGGCCCCCGCUCACGCACAGAUUUUAUUCAAGAUCAUAUAGUUGUUCAGCGGUGACCGUUGGUGGGUAUAAAAAGUAAUUUCACUAGCUAGUCAUUGCUCACUCGGCAUUCAAGCAUCGAAAUCACCCGCAAAGAUGAAGCUCAAAGCUGUCAUGCUCCUUAUGGUCUUCGCCCUUCUGGGCGUUUCCUAUAUCCAGGCCGUUGUGGUGGGUCCCCAGCAAUUGCACAAUAACAACAGAAAUGGCUAUCGCUACAAUGGGCCCGCCCACAAAUAUCUACCAGCGGAGGUAUCGCACGGCAGCAGCUUGGACUCGGAUCGCCAGCAGGAACCACUACAUCGUCAGCAGGGAUUCAACGGUCCGCACAACUCGCAGUAUUAUGAGGGACAGCAGCAACAUGGCCAGCAACAUCAGCAACAUCGCCACCAGUCAGAGGAGGAUGACUCCACGCAAUCGGGUUUCUCCCAGCAGCAACACCAGAGCUUGGCACACCAGCAACAUUUUCAAAACGUUGCUAACCAGGCAUACAAUAAAGACUCCGACUACCAGCAACCUCAUGGUUUAGGCCACCAGCAACGUUAUCAGAGCUCUGACCAGGAACAACAUAAUCAUCAUCUGGGUUCCAACCAGCAUCAAAAUAAUCACGAGAAACAACAUCAGGGUUCCGGCCAUCAGAUCAACGAACAUUCCUACGAGACUGCUUAUCCGCAACAGCAGCAGCAACAUCACCAACAUCUGAGUCACCAGCAACACCCGCAGCAGACGGUAGAGCCCUGGAACGCGGUACACCAGCAACAACAAAGCCAAGAAGGUGGAUCCUGGCCAUCUUCACAGGGUCACAGCUUCCAGCACCAGCAAUAUGAGCAGUUCCAACCACAGCAACAUCAACAGCAGCAGCAACAGAACAAUCGCUUUGAGCAACAGCUACCGUUGCGGGGUGACCUUUGGCAACCCAUCCGCGAACUUGACCUGGAGAAGCUUCCUUCGGCCGAGGCACAUGCCAAUAGCCACAAGACGAUCGCGAAUCCCGGACGGGAUCAGAAGCUCGUGCCAAGUUACACACUUUCCAGCGAUUUGGAGCAUGAUCGGUUCAUUGGACUAGAUGCUUUGGACACUCGUCUACUGACCCAAUCUCUGCCAAACGCCUACCGGAAGCAGACCUUCUCCUCGCCUUCGGGACCUUCGUCUUUGAGCCAGCGGCAGCAUGAGCAACAGCUGGCUGGUUCCCCAGGUUUUGGUGGUUCCCACGGAGGUUUCCCUGCUGGAUCAGCCGGCUCAGCUGACUUUCUGCAAAUGCAGUCCCACUCGUAUCAGCUUCCGUCCACGCACAGCAUCCACAGGAAAUGGCCCCAAAACGAGGAGAGCCAGCAGCAGCUUGGAUCUCAGCAGCAGGCCACUGGAAAUCGUCAGUACUCAGCUAGUGCCUAUGCCGUAUCCCCGCCGUAUCUGCAUUCCUCGUUCCAACCUUCCCAAUCAUCCAAAAAUAGCCUCAACCAUCCCAGCCGGGACUUCCAGCCACCCUACUACUAACCCCGAAUCCUAAAACUGUUUCAUCACCAACUGGAUCUUGGAUCUGCAGCCAUAAGAUCCUGACCAUAGUUACGAACCGUAUUCUCAAGAACAAUCUUCAACAUUUGCAUUUCGCAGGAAAAGCAUUAGGUGUGAAAAGCCAAACUAUUUUAAUUUUUAGCAAAACGUGUACAGAUAAAUGAAUUUUGUAAACUUUUUUUUAUAUUUAAUAAAGUGUGCAUUGAUUAAAAUGGAA